AUGAUGAUGAUGACUGGCCGUGUGCUGCUGGUGUGUGCCCUCUGCGUGCUGUGGUGCGGUGCCGGCGGUGGUGGAUGUUCUGAAAAACCUCAAGUUUCUCAAGACAUUACGCCCGUUAAUGACAAUGAUUCUAAAAACGGCAACGAUUCCAGAAGUGGCGCUGGAGGAGAUGGCCAAAACGGUAAACAGGCAGAGUCACAACAAACACCCGCACCGCCGGCGUCAGGAUCACAGGGAGCGGCACCGAAAGCGAGCCCGUCACCGGCAUCACAAUCCGAAGGAGGAGGAGCACCAGAAACGGCAAGUACAAAGAAGGGCAGCAAGCGUCAAAAAACAGAAGGUGAAAAGAAAGAAGAAGAAAGGGAAGAGGAAGAAGAGGAAGAAGAGGAAGAAGAGAAGCAAGAGGAAGAGGAUGAUAAGAAAGAAGAGGAGACAAAGAAAGAAGAAGAUGAUGCCGACGCCACAGAGGUGACCUCAGCAGGCGGUGAAGAGCAGCCAAAUUUAUCAUCUGGUGCGGCAAGAGCAUCGAAUAUAACAAAUCCCAACAGCACCCAAACAACUGGAGACGAUGAUCCAGCAGCUGAUGGUGCAGGGACACGAGAAGAAAAACCGGAUGAAAAUAAAGAUGCCAAUCCGAAAGGAACACCAGUCGAAGCCACAGCCAUGAAAACUACAACGGCGACGACUGGCGACAGUGACGGCAGCACCGCGGUCUCCCACACCACCUCCCCUCUUUUGCUUCUUCUUCUGGUUGCGUGUGCGGCUGCUGCUGCGGUGGUGGCCGCGCGAGAGUGA